GAUAUUACUAACAUCGUGGCAUUUGGUACCAGAAGGUGGCAGUCGUCGAUUUACAUCUACGGAGAUUUGCGAAAAGGAGCAUCAAAAGAAGCUUUAUAGUUUCCGUUGCAAUCCUGCUUGGUUGGAGUUGUAGCGCUCCUGCUGCAGCAACAUUCAGCGCCUCCCUUCAACGCGCAAACGCACGCGCAGACACGUUGCAUUCAAGGACAAGCGCUUGAUUUGCUGCAGCCUCUUCGUCCACGCAAGGAGCCUGAUCAGCCCAAAACGCGGCUUUGUCCGCUCUUGUAAAGCCGCAUCCACUCCCGUGGAGCGUUCUACCUUUGCAUCCGGAGAUUCUCCUCUCUGUCCCCUCAGUAGGUCAUUCGGAAAACGGAAGCGAGGAACGAACAAGGGAACCACAAGGCUAAUCAAACCGGAUAAUUUUCCACUUACUUAUUUUCCCAAUUUUACCUAAGAAGCUUCCGACGCUAUGACGAACUUCAUGAGGAAAUGUCUCUGGCUGUUUUUUUGGGCUCCAAACCCGAGAUGCUCCGGAAACCGGAGUGCCCGGAGAAAAGCCACGCAGCCAGGGGGAGAAUAUGCACACUCUACAGAGGCGGGUCCGGGAUUGAACCUGGGACCUCAGAACUGUGAGACCAACGCUUUCCAGCUGAUCCACCGUGCCACCACCAUUAUGAAUUGUACAGGUGACCUUGGGCUCUCAGUGGAUGCAGAGGUUCUGGCUGAAACUCAGGGUGGAGCUCCUCCGACAGUUGAAGGUUACUUCCUUGAGUUCCUGGAGCCAGUCAACAAUAUCACACACUUCCAGGGCCAGACAGCUACACUGCACUGCAAAGUGGCAGGUAACCCACGACCGACAAUUCGCUGGCUAAAAAAUGAUGCCCCCGUUGUCCAGGAGCAGGGACGGGUCACUGUCCGCAAAACUGAGGCCGGAUCAAAGCUUCGGAUCACAGACCUUGACACGACAGACACAGGCUAUUAUCAGUGUGUUGCCUCCAACGUAUAUAAAGUGAUCUAUGCCACAGGGGUCCUUUAUGUCAAACUAGGACAAAUGCCUACGCAUGGGCCAGAUCAAACGUUGCAUGAAAAAGGUUUUUGCCAACCAUACCGUGGCAUUGCCUGUGCUCGCUUCAUUGGGAACCAGAGCAUUUAUGUGGAGUCUCUUCAGAUGCAGGGAGAGAGUGAAAAUCGCAUCACUGCUGCCUUCACAAUGAUUGGCACUUCCACUCAUCUGUCAGAUCAGUGCUCCAGAUUUGCCAUCCCUUCCUUCUGUUACUACGUCUUCCCUCUGUGUGACGAGAGCGCCCGAGGUCCUCGGCAACGUCAACUCUGUCAAGAUGAGUGUGAAGCCCUGGAGAAUGACCUGUGCCAUGCCGAGUACACUAUUGCCCGAUCCAAUCCCAUGAUCCUCAUGCAACUACAACUACCAAGCUGUCACCUGCUACCGCGUCCAGGAACGCACGAUGCUGCUUCAUGUAUGAGGAUAGGAGUGCCCCCCGAAAAACUAGGACCAUAUUCCCCAACAGACCAGAAGUGCUACAAUGGAAGUGGGGCUGACUACAGGGGGACUGUCAGCAUUACGAAAUCUGGUCACCACUGCCAGCCAUGGAGCACUCAGUACCCUCAUAGUCACCAUCUGUCUCAAGACUUCCCUGAACUAUGGGGGAGCCACAACUACUGUCGGAACCCAGGAGGCCAGUUGCAGGCUCCCUGGUGCUUCACCUUGGAUCCUCGGGUCAGGAUGGACCUGUGUGAUAUUCAACCCUGCAAGCCUCCAGAGAACAUCAGAAAGGAGAUUCUGUUCAUUCUCAUCAUUGCAAUUGCCAUCCCUUUGGUCAUUGCUUGCCUCUUCUUUUUGGUUUGCAUGUGUCGAAAUAAGUAUAAAACACAAACCGACCCAUCUUCUCACUGCCAGCUCAGCACCUCAUCCAACCAAGAUAUGGAGAUGUCUCUUCUAAACCAGCACAAAUACCAGGCAAAAUUGAGGGAGAUUAAUCUAUCAGCUGUGAGGUUUAUGGAGGAGCUUGGUGAGGAUCGGUUCGGCAAGGUUUACAAAGGGCAUCUUUAUGGCACUGCAUCUGGUGAUCAGACCUAUGUGGUGGCCAUCAAGACACUGAAGGACAAGGUUGAUCCCAAACUCACUGAGGAAUUUCGCCAUGAAGCCAUGCUCCGCUCUAACCUUCAGCAUCAAAAUGUUGUCUGUCUUCUGGGCGCCAUAACCAAAGAGCAGCCACAAAGCCUUAUAUUCAUUUAUUCAAGCAUUGGCGAUCUGCAUGAAUACCUUGUGAUGCACUCUCCCAACUCAGAUGUUGGCAGCUCAGAUGAUGACAGGACAGUAAAAUCCACAUUGGAACAGGUUGAAUUCCUGCAUCUCAUUACCCAAAUUGCUGCCGGAAUGGAGUACCUUUCUAGUCACCAGGUUGUCCAUAAAGAUCUUGCAGCCCGGAACAUUCUGGUUUUCGACAAGCUAAGCAUCAAGAUCAUGGAUCUUGGCCUCUUCAGAGAUGUCUACUCAUCUGAUUACUACAAUUUGAUGGGAACAAGCCCUUUCCCUAUUAGAUGGAUGUCCCCCGAGGCUCUAAUGUAUGGGAAGUUCUCCACAGAUUCUGACAUCUGGUCAUACGGAGUUUUGCUUUGGGAGACCUUUAGUUAUGGUUUACAGCCUUAUUGUGGCUACUCCAACCAUGACGUGAUCGAGAUGGUGCGCAGCCGCCAGGUAUUGCAGUGUCCUGAUGACUGCCCUGUUUGGAUAUACACCCUUAUGCUGGAGUGUUGGAAUGAAUUCCAAGCAAGACGGCCACGCUUCAAGGACAUCCACACACGUCUGCGCUCUUGGGAAACUCUUUCAAAUUAUAAUAACUCUGGUCAAACGUCUGGCACCAGCAACACUACCCAGACAAGUUCUCUCAGUACCAGCCCUGUUAGUAAUAUUAGCAUGAACACAGUGAAUGUAUCACGCUACACUAGCCCCAAAAAGCCCUCACCCUUUCAUCCACCCCAGUUGAUGCCAAUGAAGAGUCAAAUCCAUCGGCCAAUAGUCCCCCCACAGCUCUACAUUCCUGUAAAUGGCUAUCACCCUAUGCCAGCCUACCAGUACAUGCAGAAUUUUUACCCCAUGCAAAUACCAAUGCCAAUGCCCCACCAGCAAGUCCACCACACAACACAGAUGACUGCAAAAGCUAAUUCUCACCACAGUGGCAGUGGGUCCACAUCAACAGGCUAUGUCACCACCGUUCCUUCCAACAAUUCUAUGGCAGAGCAAGGAGCCUUACUCAGUGAAGACUCCAAGACCAACCAUGAGGACUUGGUUGACACGGCAUCCCAAAUCGAGCUAGAACAAAAUGAGAACUUGCCAGUGCCGGAAACAGAAUUACUGGGUCAUGAUGUCCAACAGACUGAUGAGCUGGUGAUUGAAUUGUCCAACACAUAGAUGGCCUUCCGUGUGAAAUAUUGUGUUUGCAUUUCAAUGAGCAGCAUGAAGUGAAACGAGCAAAUUUGCAGUGAUAGUGACUCAAUGUUUAACAACACUUUCUCACGAAGUGAAAGGAGCAAAUUUGCAGUGACAGUGACUGAAUGUUUAACAAGACUUUCUCACUUGAUCAAGUGUGACUCACGUUUGUGCUUCCCAUCUCACUUUUUAAAUAAGCAUAUCUAAUCGUGCUUGUGUUCCUAUUCAGAUGUCGUUCCAAUGUUGCUGUGCAACAUACAGAAUUACAGUUUUUACCCUGUAGUACUUUGUCUGUGAAGGUUUUACAUAGGUCAUGUAUUAUUUGAUGGACAAACAUUAGCUUCUGCUUUGGUCUCCUUUUUUUUUUUUACAAGCCGAGCGAAAGACAAAAGAACGUAGCAUAUUUCUGCAUUCCUUUGUGUCUGGUGAUGAUGAUUUUAUUUAAUCUUUUAUUUGUCUUUCAGCUUGUCCCGUUAGGGGUAGCCACGGCGUAUCAUCUAUUUCCCUCUGAGGCCAUCUCAUGCAUCCUCCUCUCUAACACCCACUGUUCUCAUGUCCUCCCUCACAACAUCCAUCAACCUUUUCUUUGGUCUUCCUCUCGCUUUUU